AUGGCGGACCUAAAUAAGGCAAAGGACCUGGACCAACACAACUUCGAUGUCCUCCCUCCCACCCAUCCGAGUAGAGGAGGAGCAUGUAAGGGCCUCGGGUUGGAUUUUUGGCUCAGGUUUAGGAGGACAGAAAAAGUAGAAGAUAUUGACAAGGCCAUUACGAUACACCAAGAUCUGUUCGACAAUACACCCCUCGAUCACCCCGAGCGAGGCUUCAGAACGGGCUGUCUGGAAUCUGAUUUUGGAGACCGAUAUGCGGCUUUUCACCAGCCUAGUGAUCUGGACAAAGCCAUUAAAUUUGGAGAAAUGGCUAUCUCGUUGACGCAGGGUAUGGACGAUAAAGCCACCGCUCUCAUGAAUAUAGCCCAUAGCCACGUUUUGAAGUACCGAAACUCCAAGGAACGCCCCAUGGAGAACUUCAGAAAGGCUGCUCAGUAUCUGCAGGAAUGUAUCGAAAUUACGCCGUUGGAUAAUCCUAGACGGGCACACAGGCUUUGGGUAUUAGGAGAGCUUUAUGCCGUGUCUGCUCUUGAUAUGUUCAGCAAGAUUGAAGAUAUCAAUGACCUAAUUAAGGAAGAAGCCGAACUUCGAGUUAAAGCUGUCAGAUUAUUACGCGAAGCACUCUACAUACCAUCCUCUCCCGUGGUCUGGCGUAUCAAUUCUGGUAUGAUAUUGUACAUCAUGCUGGGAGAGUUUGAAUGCUGGGAGGGUGCGUUUGAAGUCAUAUCGGAGGUUCUCUCCCUGCUACCAAGCCUUAUCCCGCGUUGCCUUGCUUUGCAGGACAAGCAAAUAUUACUUGGGGAGAUGUACUGGUUACCUGGAGAUGCAGCCGAUUUAGCCCUCAAAAUGGGGAAGCCGCCAGCAGUUGCUCUGGACACGCUCGAGAACACCCGGGGGUUGAUUGCCGGUGCAACAUACGACAUCUGCGCCGAUGCAUCUAUUCUUGAGUCUCAGCAGCCGGAACUUGCUGAGACAUACUCCCGAGUCUGCCAGCAGAUUCGCAUCUCCACGUCGCAGGGACGUCGCGAAAAUGACUCAGCUUAUCGGGCUCAAAAACAGUUUGAUGAAGUGCUGGGCAAGAUCCAGUCUCUUCCUGGGCUCAAUUACGUCCCUCUCUCCUCAUCCAGUAAUGAUCUUCCGAUGAUGGCGGGAAACAAGCAUUUAGUAAUUGUCAACGUGAGCCAAUAUGGCUGCGGCGCCUUUAUCGUCCAUCAAGGAGAGGUAUUGCGGAGAGACUUACCUUUGCUGCGGGUAAUCGACAUUGAGAGACGGAGUUGGAAUCCCACUCCAACCACUGAACUGCUCGAAUGGCUUUGGGAUUGCAUAGCAGAGCCAAUUCUUGAUAAGCUGGGCUUUAGGGAAUACCCUGGGGAUAGAUAUUGGCCUCGGGUUUGUUGGAUACUAACUGGAAGCCUCGCUCGCUUCCCUAUCCAUGCUUCGACUUCUUCCCGGUGGACCUCGUCGAAUGGCUCGUCCGAUUCUGCCAUGGACCGAGUUAUAUCUUCCUAUAGCCCGAGUAUCAGGGCGCUUAGUCACUGUGAACAGCCCCCAAGACGCAACCAGUCAACUUCACCACAUCAGAGGAACAUGAUCAUUGUUGGAAUGGAUAAAACCCCUGGACAUGGAAGCCUUCCCUUUGUGCAAGAAGAGGUUCGGCAGCUGGGGUCUCUUGCCGGUAAGAUGAACUUAGAGCUCCAUGAGCUAUCCAAAAAGACAGAACUUUUGGCUCUGCUUCCGAAUUGCGAGAUAUUCCACUUUGCAGGCCACGGAUUAUCAAACUCCCGCGACCCUUCUCAAAGUUGCCUUCUUCUCCAAGACUGGGAACACGACCCUCUGACGGUGGCUAAUUUGUUUGAAAUGGACAUUGAAGGCAAGCGGCCCUUUCUUGCCUACCUCUCUGCAUGUGGUAGUGGCCGAGUUAAACGAGACAACCGCUACGAUUCCAUUGACCAGAGCAUCCAUAUGAUAGGGGGAUUCCGCCUAGCCGGAUUUCGUCAUGUAGUGGGCACCCUGGCUGAGGUACGUGAUGAGACUUGCGUUGAGAUUGCUGCCUUGACGUAUAAUUGGAUCAUAGACCAUGGUAUGAGCGAUGAGUCGGUGAGCGAAGGGCUUCACCAUGCAUGCAGGGCGCUCAGAGAGCGCGAAAUGGCAGGCGGUGGAUAUGCAGAUACUGCUGAUAGGAGAGAUGGCAGGGAUAUCUUGUUUCUUGACGAGGUUUUCGCCUCAUACUCGUGGGUGCCGUUUAUGCAUUUUGGGCUGUAG